AAACACAAAUCGCCAUUCCCGCAAAACAACAAUGGCCGAGGUGGGGUGCAGUGUUCAUGUGUGGAAAAAUUCAUAAUCAUUUUCUUUUUCAAAUUUCACUCGAAGUAAUUCGAUUAUUCAAUUAUAACAAAUGAGAGAAAUACGCGGUGCUUGUGGCUUAAAUAAUGAUAAAUUAAUUAAUUAACUAAUUAAGGCAGCUACUAUAUAAUAUGAAUGGACCUUGCGGAAACUAUGAAAAACAUUGUUGCUAAAGGAAUGCAAACGGAGAUGGGGCCACCAGGUGGAGGCUCGGGUUAUGCUGGAGCCGCCAGUGGAGCUGGAUAUGUCACGGAGACGAUGUAUUCUUUGUUGCGGCUUUAUUUGCAAAAUAAGGGAUGGAAUCCGAGCAUUGAGUUAUUGCAGUGCUUUACCGAACUGAAGGAGGCAUCUAUGCUGCCCAGUGCUGCUUAUCUUCAAAUGAUGGCAUCGAGAGUAGCUUUAGAUGCCCAAGGCAGACUAGUCCUCCGUGAAAAUGGAAAAAUCAUCCUUCCCUACGAGCACUUUGCCAAUGCAGUGAUGUUGAAGCAUAUGAACGGCCCUCACGGCCUUCACCUGGGUUUGGAGAACACAGUACGAGCAGUUAUGGAGUCCUACACAAUUGGUCGUGAAUGUUUCGGGAUGGAGAAGGAGUUUAUAAUCGAGGUGGUCCAAAAUUGCCCGAAUCCCGCCUGCCGUUACAAGAAUCAGCUGGAAUUGACUCAGAAAAUGGGACACAUGGCACCGACCUACAUCCAGGACAACGAGGCUGCUGCAGCAGCAGCUGCCGCAUCAAUGCUCCGUUUUCCCCACAACACAGAUUUUCAGGCUUUAAGUAAUGCGAAUGCUAGUCACAUGGGAGGAUCCUCGUCCGAUCUCUCGGAGAUUCGGAGCGGCGGCAAUCAGAUGAAUCUUCAACGUCCACCCAGUCGUCCAUCGUUAAAUAUUCCCCAUCGGCCUUCGUCACAGGAGAAGAAAGCCAUCGGUAAACAGCAUUACGAGUCGAUGAUUAACACUCAAAUUCCCGAUCAUAAGAUCACAGAUUUCUUGAGAUCUAAUUUAGAUAAUCUUGAGGGACUUAGUGGACUUGGCCUUGGAAAUCUUCAGGGACUUACAAAUGCCAACAAAGAUCUUCUCGCACUGCACAAUGGGGCCUGGACCAUUGAGGAAAAAGGACCUCGUGCAGCAGCCACAAACGCUGACAACGGUGGGGGAAAAAUUGUUCGAGCUUUCGCCGAAGUUAUGAAGAACAUGGCGAGAAUGAAGGCUUGUGUACGUCCCGCUAUGUGCAAACCCUAUGGGAAACAGUCGGAGGCUUUGCAAAAAACAUUGGUGGACACAAUUCAAUUGGUGCAGUCUUUGAGAAGCUUUCUUCCACCUCCGCAUAUUCCUGUGUCCAGCUGGAAAAAUGAGGAUAAACACAGAUUAGAUCAUUCUGGCCCAACAUAUCUUCCACCUAGUUUAAAAGCCAGUGGUUUGGAAGACUUGUGUGAACCACGAAAGAUGGACUGAGCAUUUUACUACAUUUUCAUAUUCAUUCUCUAGUCACAUUGGAGUCAUUUAAAGUGGAUUGGAAAAAAAAAACAUUUUUAUAAGGACCAGACUGUUUUGCUCAAGAGUGAUGGCGUUUAGGACGUUUCGGUGAUUGUGGGCGAUUAAAAAUGAGUCAUGCGUGGACUGUGAUAAAAGUGGGUAGUAAAAAAGAUGAAAAACAAAUUCUAUCUAGAUUUUGAAUUGACUCGUGAUUUACAAAAUAUUGAUAUUUUAAUAUUUCUUUGUUUAUCAUUUCCUUUUCUGAUUUUUUAAAUGAAAAAUUCCUGCCAGUGGUGCUUAUUGGUGCAAUCAGGGGGUCUUGUUUGCCUUGCUACUGGCAAUGUACUGAAAAAACACAAACUUUUACAGUAUUUGUAAUAUAUAUUUUUAGAGAAAUAAAAUUCGCCCGGGGUUGAUUGAUGUUUUUGGAUAUGACAAAUUAUUAUAAAUAAUGAGAAUUAAAGAGAAGUCAAUAAAUAUUAAGAGUAAUGGCUGUAUUACCCCGGGAUGGACGGACUCCACCUGAUGACACGUAAUGAUGCUAAAAAAUUUUAUAUUAUUUAUUUACGUAGCGAAUAAGGCUAGAUAUAUUUUUUGUUAUGGAAUAUUGAAGUUUUAUUUGUACGUUUCAUGUUUGAAAUUUUCGAAAACUACUCGAUUUUUCAAUGGUGAAUUUUAAGCUCCACAGGCAGGUUAAGUCAACUGUUGCCAAUGAAAAAAAUAUUACCUAUUUAAUCAAUGAAUUAUUCUUCCAUCAUCUCAUAAAUUUAUUAUUUUUCAUUGGUACCACGUGGCAAUUAUCAAUCAAUGAUACAAAUGUGGCAGCAUUUAAGGAUAAAUAAUUAUUUAUGGAUAAGAUUGUGAGGAAAAUUGUAUGUUUUGAGAGAUAAAUGUUUCGGCUGAUAUGAAAUUUUCCAAAAAUUUUAAUGAAACUAAGAGUACGUAAGUUUGUUGACGAUUUUUGUGUAUGUAUUAUAUAAAUAUUUAUUGUUUUUACUUUGCAAAAUUGCUGUUUUUUUAUGAGAUGGAAAAAAUUGUUAUUAUUUGAGCUGCUGCAAUGUUCCAAUAUCGAAUGGUGAUAUCAAUUCAUGCUUCGACUGUAUUCUAUAAUUAUCUGUUGAUGUUUACACCGUACCACUGUGUAUCAAGAAGAAAAAAAAAUGUGAAAAAAGCCAAAAAAAGCUGUAAAUCUUGAUGGAAUUCAAAAGAUAACAUUCAAAUGUAUUGAGUAAAAGCAAACCGUCGUUCUUGUGUCUUGGUAUCAAAGAAUAACGUACCAUUAAAGUAUCAUUGUCUGCAUGAGUAGAAAUCAAGCAUAUCAUCCAACAAUAAAUGAAUAUAUCGAAAUAAUGAUCGUUAAGUCUUUGAUAGCUUGACGAUGUAUUGAAUCAGUCCGUAAAAACGAAUUAUUAAUAAUAAUUGUACACAAAAAAAUGCUACUGACGUGUCUGCACUGCUGAAAAAAAAAGUUUGACGUCGCUUGCCAGUAUUACUCUUCCUGUAUUCCUGCACAAUUAAUUCGUCGUAUUGAUUAUUAAAAAAGUUUUUACAACUGUGA